GUAUUUUAUUGGGUUUUUUCUUCUAUCACUUCUUUUGGAAGAAAAAAAAAAUCCAAUGAAUUCUUCUUCUGAAAACAACACAUCAGAAAAACACAACCACACAUGCAAGAAAAACCCUAAAAUCAAGAAAGUGGAAAAAAGCAAACAUGGUGUGGCCUUCUCAAAAUGCAAAUUAGGACUUUUCAACAAGGUGACAGAGCUAUCGAUUCUAUGCAAAGCAAAAACUGCAAUCAUCAUCACUUCACCAAACAAAGAAAUAUAUACAUGUGGUUACCCUAAUCCUGAAGCUGUUAUUAAUCAAUUUAUUGACAUGGAAAACCAUGUGAUCAACAAUGAAAUAAGGAAGCAAGAUGAAGAAACAAUUGAAACCUUAAGUCUUCAACAAGAGGCACUUUUAGAACAAUUGCAAGAAGAGAAGAAUAAUUUACAAGAUGUAUUAGAGGCAAAAAACAAUAGUUUUUAUUUUCCUAAUUGGUGGAAUCAUUCUAUUGAUGACAUGACUUUGCAAUCUCUUGAGGAAUAUAAGGAUUCUUUAGAAAAUUUGAAGCUUAAUUUAGUUUCAUCUUUAGAAGGAAAAUAGAAUCAAUUCAAUUUUAAUUUUCAGUUAGAACUCC